UGAAGCGAAGUGGUAAUUGUGUUGCUCAUGAAUUAGCAAAACUUAGCUCUUCUUUUGUCGAUCUCCGAGUUUGAAUGGAGGAGGUUUCUAGUAAAAUUUCUGAUUUUGUAAUGGCUGAUUUUAUCCUCUUCUUUUGAGUAAUAAAAUCUCUUCAUUGUUUUUCUAGAAAAAAAAAAAAAAAAUCAAAUUUCAACCCAAUACCACCUCGUAAAUCGUACGGAGACAUGGUCAUCAAUUCAUAAACCCCUGCAAACAUAAACCCAUUUCCGAAUCCCCUAAAAUUCAACUCAAUCAAACCUUCAAACUCCAUUGAAUCUUCAACAAUGGCGUCAAACAUCAUAAGAAACUCCCUAAAAUCAAUCAACUCACUAACCUUACGAACCCUAACAACCCACCGCCGCCCCUUCAGCGCCGCCGCCGCGAACCCCACCACCACCGCCGAAGAAUCAGACGCAUUCACCUUCUCAUCUGACGGCGCUGACAGCAGCAUACACCUGAAGGCGAAAAAAGCGGCAGCUUCGUCAGUGACAAUGCCGAUGUCGUUCAUGACAGGUUCUAUUGUUGGAAAGAGAUUCUACAAGAAAGUAACAACGAGAGAAGCUGAUGAUGGUAAUGGGUGGAGUGUUAUGCUCGAUUAUCGAACCCUUAAAACUCCUUCUAAACGUCCUCUUAAACUUCCUACUCUUUCUCUUGCUAAAGCUAUUGCUGCUGAGUGGGAUUUCCAGCAAACAGAUGGAAUAAGACCCUUCACAAUGCCAUUGAUGAAGCUUGCUUGCACUGCAUUGGAACGAGUUCCUGUUGUUCGCCCAAAAAUUAUUGAUAAUUUGAUGAGCAAGUUCAGUCAAGACUUGGUUUUUUGUCGUGCUCCACAUGACAACGAAUUAACCAGCGGUGUCUAUGAACGCCAAGUUGAAAAAAUAGAUCCUCUACUAAAGUGGGUGGAGUCAGAAUUUGGCUACAAGCCUGUAGUGUACACCUGUUUUUUUGGUGGCAAGCAGGAUGAAGGUCUUGUAAAAGCCGUUGAAAGUCUAUUGAAGAAAGCAGAUGAUUGUGAACUAGCUGCCAUUGAUGCACUGACAUCUGCAUCACACUCUUUAAUUAUUUCUAUCGGUAUAGUUCGUGGAAAAUUGCAAUUAGAGGAGGCCAUUGAGUUGAUACGUCUUGAAGAAGAUCUGCAGGUGGACAAGUGGGGUCUUGUCGAGGGUGGUCAUGAUAUUGAUAUUGCGGAUUUGAAGGUGCAGAUUGCAUCUGCUGCUGUGUUCCUUGGGCUAUCAAGAAGGUCAUAGUAUCCACAUUUUUGAAAUUUUUUUAUCAAAUGAGUUGAUUGUGCAUUUUUUGUUUUUGUAUGCUCCGUUGAAGGCUGUACUGUACUAAUCACAAAUUGACAACCAAUGUGCUGGAGCUUUUUGUAAACAUGUAGCCUUUGCGAAAGUAGCAAGAGUAAUAAUAUCUGCUUCGGUAUUUCUGAGUAUCAUAACUUUUUUAUACUUAAUAUUAUGCAAACAAUUGCAAAACCUCUAAUAACAGAAGAAAUGUAGUUGAAACUGUUACUCUACACCUGAAAUCUGGAAUGGGAACUAAAUCAUCAGUGUUGAAAGUUGAAACAUAAGGUCAACAUGUACUUUGGCUGUAAUGGUUUAGUUAUAAUAUGCAUAUAUGGAAGCUUCACCAAUUUCAGCUCUGUUUUUAGUCAUGUACUGUUGUACAAUUUACAUUGUAUAGUGCCAUAACGGUUGGUAGCAUGCCAAAGCAGCUGCUUUUGUGGCAGAUUAAGGAUCUUCAUUGCAGCAUUGCAGACAAACUGGUGGUUGUUUAAUGACACAAUAACAGCAUGUAGUAUCACAGUCAUUAUUGCAACCUGUUACAGAAAAUUGCCUUUGAGUUAGUUUUUACGCUGAUUAGAAGCUUACUUCUACCAAAGGAACAUCAAGAUUUUUUAAUUUUCUACCAGAAAGAAAGCUUUGAUUCACUG